GUGAUUUAUCAGUAUAAAUAUUUAUUAUAUUCGUAGUAAUAAAUUGUAUUUUAUCAUGUAGCGUACUGUGAUCGAUGGAUCUUAUGAAUUGUUCGGCAAAACAUUCUUCAAAAAAUUGUUGCUGUCGCGAGGCUGGUAGUGAUCUCGGAAGCUGCGAUCAUAUUUACGCAAGUUUGAUGGAAUGCAAAAAAGAUAUAAAUACUGAAGUUAAUGUUGAACCAAUAACGACAAACAAACGCAAUGAAGAUUCCAGAAAGAAGCAUACUCGAUUCACAAAUUCAAACAGUCUUACAUAUCAGCCUUUGUCCGUUUUUCCUCGCAAAAUGGACAGCGAAGUUUAUGAAGAACCGAAAGAAAUAAUAGAUCCAUACAAAUCGCACACUUUAGAUUUUCAAUGUCCUAGAUGCAGACAGAGAAUGGAAGAACCUAGACUUCUUCCUUGUUUACAUUCUAUAUGUUUAUCGUGUGUUUAUGAGUUAAUGAAUAAACCUUCAUAUGUUUCACUGAAGAACGAAAUACGAAAUAAUAAUCGAAAAUACGCGCAACACAGUGUUCACGAAACAUGCCCGUUAUGCGAUUCUGAUUUGCCAAAUAUUAAUUCUACUAUACCGCCGCCGCAUUAUCCUUUGCAACAUCGUUUAGUUAUGGACACUAUGCGGCGCAAACUGAUUAAUAGAGUACUUUGCGACACUUGCACAAGCGAAGUUCUGGCACUCAUACAGUGUUCCACAUGUUUAUGUAAUUUCUGCUCGGAAUGCGGCAGACAACAUGAACAACAAAAUGUGGCAGAAGCAAGAACAAUUAAACAUUUAAUGAGACCAUUGUGGGAGGCUACCAAAAUACGACGCGUCAUUUUAUGUCAAAUACAUCCGAUGCACGCUUUAAGAUUUUAUUGUAUCGCUUGUCAACAAGUAACAUGUAAGGAAUGCAUGUGGAGUGCACAGCAUAGAGGUCAUGCCAGUGAGGAUGCACUUGGAGUGGGAAAGAGAGCUCAUGCAUACUUAGUAAUUAUGUUGCAAAAAGCGAAAAUAUUUCUAAAUACUUUGUUAAUUCAAUAUAAUCAUGACGUAUUUUCUAACAAUGGUUCUGAAGAAUUGCAAAAUAUAGCCACGACUUACAAAACCAUCAGCAAGUAAAUCAUUUACCAGCGAAAUAGCAUCCAGAAGAUGCCUCGCUCUUCGUAAUCGAUCAAAUUCUCGAAUUCUUUCCUGGGCCUGUUUCAUGUGAAGCAACAAAACUUUGUAGUCUUGUAAAUUUGGAAGAUCUGCAUUAUUUUUAGAAUAUCUGUAUAUAAAAAGAAUCCUUAUUUAUCUAAAGUAAAAAAUAAUUAUAAUUUUAAAUAUCUUAUGGUAUAAAAACUUAUAUUAUUAUAUAAUAAAUUAUGUAAAAAAAUUAGUUUAAGUGGUAGAAAUAGAUUUUAACAAAAAUUGUAUGUUUAAUACAUGGAUUAUUUCAUUUUUAUCAUAUACUCAAUGUAUAAAAAUGAUUAUGAGACAUAUUAUGCAUAAUAUAUUUUACUUUAAGUAUUGUCAUGUGAUUUUCAUCUUUAUCUUAAUAUCUUGAUAUAUAUUUAUCUUGUCACUUAAGUAUAUGAAUGCGCAAGAUAAAUGCAUCUUAUUGUCAUUUGAGGUAUUAAUAUAUCAUUAGAAUCGACAGAAUAUAUAAAUUAGCGCUGCUUAUAUUUAUUAACAAUCCUAUUUCUUAUUUUAAUGACGUUACAUUACAGUUAAACACAUAAAUAAAAACUUAAUGUGCUAAACAAAUUGCGAAAAUGCUUAAUUUCUAAAAAAAUAUACGUA